GAGAAAAAAAUAUGAGCAAACUAAAUGUGUUAUUUUACCAUCUAAUUUUAUGUGAUCGAACCAAAAGCAAAACUAUUUUCCCAGUUGGCAUAUUACGAUAUUCGUCUGAUGAAGGAAAGUUUAUACCCCAAUUGUUGACGAAUGACGAUAAAUAUUUUGUCCUUUCCUGAGCCGUUUGCCUCUAUUAAACCAUUUCAACAGAAACGAUCUGACCAAAACAUCGCACGCUAUUCCGCCCCCACCAAGUAUGGAUUCAUCCCUCCCCGACGCCGACACGCCGCUCCUCCGCCGUGGCCAGUGGUGGCGCAGCCAGCUCCGCCUCAAAACAAACCUAUUCUCCGAAAUGUCCGGCGCCGUCGGCGACCUAGGCACUUUCAUCCCAAUCGUCUUAACUCUCACCCUCGUCUCCCACCUCGACCUCUCCACAACCUUAAUCUUCACCGCCCUCUACAACAUCCUCACCGGCCUCCUCUUCGGCGUCCCCAUGCCCGUCCAGCCCAUGAAAUCCAUCGCCGCCGUCGCAGUCUCCGAGACCCCUCACCUCACCCCUUCCCAGAUAGCCACCGCCGGACUCUCCACCGCCGCCACUCUCUUCAUCCUCGGAUCCACCGGCCUCAUGUCCUUGCUCUACCGCUACCUCCCUCUCCCCGUCGUCCGCGGCGUCCAGCUCUCCCAGGGCCUCUCCUUCGCCUUCUCCGCCGUCAAGUACAUCCAGUUCAAUCAAGAUUUCGUCGCCUCCAAAUCCACCACCGCCAGGUCCUGGCUCGGCCUCGAUGGACUGAUUCUCGCCCUCUCCGCCCUCCUCUUCCUCGUCCUCACCACCGGCUCCGGCUCCGACGGCGGCUGCGGCUCCAGCACUUCCAGCGGUGAGACCAGAUCUCGCCGCCGGGUCGCGAAUCGGAUCCGGAUCCUCUCCGCAAUCCCCGCCGCGCUGAUCGUGUUCCUACUCGGAUUAGUCCUCUGCUUCAUCCGGGACCCGGGGAUCUUCUCCAACCUGAAAUUCGGUCCGUCCCCGAUCCGAUUGCUGACAAUCACAUGGGACGAUUGGAAAAUUGGGUUCCUGAAAGGCGCGAUCCCCCAGAUCCCCUUGUCAAUUCUCAACUCCGUAAUCGCAGUCUGCAAACUCUCCACUGACCUUUUCCCCGACAGGGACUUAUCGGCGGCGAGGGUUUCAAUCUCCGUGGGAGUGAUGAACUUCGUCGGGUGCUGGUUCGGAGCCAUGCCGGUGUGCCACGGCGCCGGCGGGCUGGCAGGGCAGUACAGGUUCGGAGCUAGGAGCGGGCUGUCGGUGGUGAUUCUGGGAUUGGGGAAAUUGGUGAUUGGGCUGGUGUUCGGAAGCUCGUUUGUGACGAUUCUGAAUCAGUUCCCGAUCGGGAUUCUGGGGGUGCUGCUUCUGUUUGCAGGGAUCGAGUUGGCGAUGGCGUCCAGGGACAUGAACACCAAGGAGGAUUCGUUCGUGAUGCUGGUAUGUGCGGCGAUUUCUUUGACUGGGUCCAGCGCUGCUUUGGGGUUCGUCUGUGGGAUUGUGCUGUUUCUACUGCUCAAGCUCAGAAGCUGGGAUUGCUUUCUCAAGCCUAAUGUUGGGGAAGACGAAGAAGAAGAAGAAGACUCGAGUGCGGUUGCUUAGGUGUUCGGCGUCUAGAUUCAGAUCGGAGUGAUGAGAUGUGAGCACUCAAUGAUUUACCUUCCAAUGCUUUUCACUGUUGGGCGAAUGGUAAAAUAUGGGAUGAGCAUGAGUUAAACUUAGAGGUACAUAUUAUGGGGAAAUAAAAGUGCGGAAAAGAGAGUUUGUAAAGUAUACUGUAUUAGUCUGUAUAUAGUUAGUUAAUUAGCUAAGAGGGAUAAUCGUAUUUAGAUAUGCGAUUUUCAUGUGGUGCCAUUGAGAAAAUAAUUAAGCGAGUAGGAGGUUAAUGACACAAAUAUUGUUUUUUUUUAAAUUUACCACUAAUAUGGCCAAUUAAAAAGUAUUGACACA